CGUUUCUCACAUCGCCUGGCAUCUGUCCCAUAGCAGCUGAUCUACAGACCCAUAUUCUAAGCCCAAUGGCGGCCCCGGCUGCCGCCAUGUCCGCAACUCAAAAGCUAACCCAGCUGAACGAGUCAACCUGGCUCCAAGUAGGAACGCUGGCAGAAAGUAUGAAUGAGCCAGAACGCGCGAUGAACGCUUAUGAAUCAGCCCUUCGUCACAACCCUCAUUCUGUGCAAGCUUUGACACAAGCCGCUGCUCUUUGCAGAGCGCGUGAGCAAUAUUCAAAGGCGGUUGACUAUUUUCAACGAAUACUGAACAUCGAUCAAACGAACGGCGAGAUAUGGGGAGCUCUAGGCCACUGCUUUUUGAUGAUGGACGACUUGCAGCGGGCCUACACGGCUUAUCAGCAGGCACUGUAUCAUCUCCCAAAUCCCAAGGAACCGAAGUUGUGGUACGGAAUUGGGAUUCUUUACGAUCGAUACGGAUCUUAUGAACAUGCGGAGGAAGCGUUUUCUGCUGUAAUAAGAAUGGAACCUAAAUUUGAAAAGGCAAACGAAAUCUAUUUUCGAUUGGGUAUAAUUUAUAAGCAGCAAGGCAAAUAUGAGACAAGUUUAAGUUGCUUUCGCUAUAUUUUGGCCUGCCCUCCGAAGCCGCUGACCGAAAUUGACAUCUGGUUCCAAAUCGGCCACGUGUACGAGCAGCAGAAAGAGUAUCAACUUGCUCGGGAUGCCUACGAACGUGUUCUAUCAGAGAAUCCUAACCAUGCCAAGGUUUUACAGCAGCUGGGAUGGCUCUAUCAUCAGCAGAAUUCGAGCUUUUCCAACCAGGAGCUUGCAAUACAGUACCUUACUCGUUCCCUCGAAGCUGAUAUGAACGACGCGCAGACAUGGUAUCUUCUGGGACGCUGUUAUAUGGCGCAACAGAAAUACAACAAGGCUUAUGAAGCGUAUCAGCAAGCUGUGUACCGGGAUGGGCGCAAUCCUACAUUCUGGUGCUCCAUUGGAGUCUUGUAUUAUCAGAUAAAUCAGUAUCGCGAUGCCUUGGACGCAUAUAGUCGCGCCAUUCGACUUAACCCAUAUAUCAGUGAAGUCUGGUAUGACCUCGGAACCCUAUACGAAUCUUGCAACAAUCAGAUCAAUGAUGCGUUGGACGCAUAUACGCGAGCACUCGAGUUGGAUCCGACCAACCCCCACAUUAAACAAAGGCUUCAAAUGCUCCGCAAUGCACAGGCGGGUGGCGGUCAAGUGCAAGCAGGUGCUGCGCAACCCCAACAACCUGCACCGCAGGAUAUCAACGCAACAGGGUACCCAGGCGGAAAUGCGAUACACCCGAAUGCACCCAGUCAUUUCUAUCAGGGACCACAACCACCGACUCAAAUGGGCUACCCCCGAAGCUCCCAGCAAGACCAGAGAUCUACGCACACCUCUGUGCCACUUCAAACGGAACACGACCGAAGGGAUCUGCCGUCUUUGCAGAUGAAUCCACCCGCAUCAUACCCCGCUCAGCCCAUGUCCCAGAGGGAUGAAGGCCGUAAUGGACUUGUUGCUGAUCGCCAGCUUCCUCCAGCAUCGGCCGAUCACCCAUCUCGAGCAGGUCGCAACAAGCAAUCUCGUCCGGACAGGACAACGUCCCCUAAGCCGCAGACCGACCGAAGGGGUCCGUCUCAUCCGCGUCAGGGUUCCCGUACGCUCGCACAUGACGCCUUACAAUCUUCGUCCGUCCCAUAUCCUUCCAGUGACGACGCACUCCAGAGAUCCGGUAGGCCAUCCGAGCCACUUGGUAGACCACCUGAGCUCCCAUCACGCCACAUGGAUACUUCUCCCAGGCCCAGCGAUAUUCCGGGCAGAUUGGCCGAUCAGUCAACAAAUAGGCAUUUUGAAUCACCAUCUGCAAGCCACUCUGAUAACGCCCGUCACAUAGCGGAUCCGCCACGAUUACCGGAUAUAGGUUCGAGAAAUGUCGAGUCACUCUCACGUCUACCGGAAAUGCAAAUAAGACCAUCAGAUCAUACGCAUCUUUUGCGCCCAAUGGAGUUAUCCCCUCACGCAAAGCUGGAUGAUACAUCACGUCAGCAAGAUGUACCAAUUAACCCUCUGGAGUCUGAAGCAAUCAGAAACCGCACUGAUCGCAGAUCGUACUCGGUGGAGCGACCAUCUGGCUUCACAGAACCUACAACAGAAAUUCGCGCCUCUGAGACCGCUCUCAAGCAGCCACAGGAAAAGCUCGUCCAAUCGAAUUUCUCAUCGGAAUCGUCCACAUGGCAACGGACGUGUCAUGCCAAAAGCCGAAGUCCUCCUGUAGGAGAUGAGCAAAGUAGAAGCGCGUAUCAACGGGACAUGAACACGGAGAGCAAAGUCCGAUUGCGGGAUUCUGAGCCAGUCACUCGUGGUUUGCAUGGGUUUGAAUCAUCAAAGGACGUACCUACGAAAGCGUCUAGUCCAACCGUCGAUUUAGAGGUUUCCAAGCAGGCCGAAAGGGUCAACAUGACAAAUACAAGUGACGCGACCCGACCAUCACAGGAUCGCGUAGCAAAUCGAGAGACGCCGACGGAGAGGAUUUUGGCAGCACCAAUGAAGGCGGACAAAGCCGGAGGAGAAAACCGCAGAAUGCAACCCGAUCGAAUGUCGGUUAGUCAAUUGAAUGAACGAGGGGAGGACCGCAGAGAACGCGAUGCUCAAAUCCAAGUGAGGAGAGAUGACAAUAGCAAAGAUGGUAGUAGAGAUCGAGCGUCCAUGGUACCAUUGGAGACCGAGAAAGACUAUGUUGUGAAAGGGAUCGAAGCCACACGUGAGGUCACAAUUGACAAUGAUGGUACUGAGCAUGGAAGGAGUCAGAGUCACCAUGGAAGUCCAAGCAGUGCCGUACCACCGCCUGAUGGUCUAGCCGCGCUAGCGUCGUAUGGGAACACUGAUAGUGCCGUGGACCAUGAGUCACCGGACAACCCUGCAUCACCACAUUAUGGCUCUUCCUUAGUUGAACGUUCAGAGCCGGGUGAUAUGGCAAAAGGCACGGAGCAGGUAUCUGGGAAACGACCGUAUGAGAAGGAUCAUAGCGAUCCUAGGUACUCGCCAGAAGCUAAGCGGCCAAAGGCGGUAGAUGGGGAGGAGGACUCUUGAUCGCAUGGCAGUGACCGGCUGGGCAUGUGGAUCUGGCGAUUUUGUCUUUAAGAAGGGCCGUUCUUUCUGUAUUCCGCAUUUACGCUCUAAGCGUUGCGAAUCGUAUUUCCCUGGGGCUCUUCCAGAUCAUACUUUGCCUUCACCAUUAUACUUUUGGAUUAAACAUUCAUUUGAUCAUUCAACUUCUGAGGGCAUACUUUAAGCAACAUUGGGACUGUUGACGUGACAUUUGAAUGUUGGAUGUGUGGCAAUGCGUGGUGUCUAGCUUUAACCAUAAAUGUCGUCGCAUCAUGUAACUUUAAGUGUAGAGACCACUUUUACCAGCUAAUCGCCGUAAUUAACACAAUCUAUUUUCGCAAAAAGGGGGGAUGACUCAUGUAAGGUAUGUUGCCUUCGAGCAGUCAAAUGAAUAAGGAGAAAUAUAAAAAG